GGUUCUGGUCAGUUUGCGUUGUCGCAAUCUCGGCCGCCGUCGAUCUCGCCGUCGAGCACUUGCCGCUGUGAUAUGUCGACACGCGGGAAAGACGGGGAGAGAGAUUCCAGUUUUCUCGCGAUCCCGGUGUACCGUUACUUUCCACGCUCAGCUGACACGGCCGCGGCUUUUCAACCGAUUCACUCCCGAACGUGCGGCCUUUCGAGAGCGACGCGUGCCAGUCGACAUUGCGAGCGUAACGCGUACACCGCGCUCCUUUUCUCCGCUCCGCUCCGCGAACGCUUCCCGGUCUCGCGGCUCCCCGCGUUCCGCGGGUGAUAACGGGAGUUCCCGCUGGAUGGACCACGUGGACGGUUUCACGGGGUCCUCCCACUUCCGCUUGUCGACGUAACGCCAGCGCGCAUGGUUAAGCACGAUAUAACUCUCGGCGCGAGUUCGGAUUGCUGUGCCAUAAAUACCGAGAGGAAUUAUAUCUAUGAUGUUUAUUCGUGAUAAUGGAAACGCGCCGCGCGUCGCGCACAAUGCGUUUCCGCGCGUCGGAAAAUAAAAUUCGCGCACGAGACCGUAUUGAAAAACGCUUCCGCCGUCGUUAGUUUUAACUCCGUUGUAUUCGGUAUAGGAAUACAAGCUGCUCACGCGAGGCUCAUUUCGCAUUCCCGAAUACGCGUAGUAGUCGCUGAUACUGCGACCCGUCACUAUUCUCCUUUGUGAACAUGGAGACCCGCCGGCGUGUUGAUACCAGCACCUCUCCGGACAGAGCAGCGCAAGGAUCGAGCCUGAUGUCCGUAUGGUCGACCAGCACCGGGCGCAAUUCAGUGUUUGGCGCGGAGAGCGGCGGAGCGGUGCUCCCCACUUCGCAUUUGCCGACCCACGUACACGUGGCGCACGAACACCUGCGCAACGCUGACGGCCACUGCUUUCACAAGCCGUUCCACGAUCACUGUCAGCACCCAUUGGUUUUUUGUCCUACCGCUGGAACUUUUGGCAAGUUCUCCCGUUGGCACCGACGUUGCCAUCGAUCUCCGUCGACGAUGUCGCAGGCAGGAGAUGGCCUUCACACACCGGGCUACUUGUCCUGGCGGAAGCUGCAGCUGAGCCGCGCGAAGCUCAAGGCGUCCAGUAAAACGUCAGCCCUGCUCUCCGGUUUCGCUAUGGUCGCCAUGGUGGAGGUACAGCUGAAUCCCGACACGCACGUUCCGCCGGAGAUGCUGAUCGCCUUCGCCGUGUGCACGACCUUGCUCGUAGCCGUGCACAUGCUGGCCCUGAUGAUAUCCACGUGUAUUCUGCCGAACAUCGAGGCCGUCUGCAAUCUGCACAGCAUCAGCCUCGUGCACGAAUCGCCACACGAGCGUCUACACUGGUACAUCGAGGUCGCGUGGGCCUUUUCGACGCUGCUGGGCCUCCUACUGUUCCUGCUAGAGAUCGCGAUACUCUGCUGGGUGAAGUUCUACGACUUUUCGGAGGUCGCCGCCUGGUCGGCCUGCAUAGUGCUGAUACCGGUGCUGAUAAUCUUCCUCGCGUUCGCGAUACAUUUCUAUCGGAGCCUGGUCGCGCACAAGUACGAGGUCACAGUGUCCGGCAUACGGGAACUCGAGUUACUCAAGGAACAGAUCGAAUCCACGGACGUGGAGGGCAGGAACGGCGUGAAUCUCUUGCAGACCGGGGUAACGCAUAUCGUUUGAAUCGGUCUUCGCAGUUUUUCC